AUGAAAGCCCUCAACGUCGCCGCAGGCCUCUUUGGGCUCGCCGGCGCUGCCGCAACGCCCCAGGUGCCUCUUGGAGACUUGGUCGAGACAAGUCGAAUCCCAAACAGCUCCGAGUCGGCCGUCAUGGGCCGCCGCAUCCUCGCCUUGUCCAAGCUCGCCACCUUCUCGACCGUCUUCCCCCAUGCCUCUCCCAACAGCCUCGACUACUAUGACAGUCCCGAGACGUUGGAAAGUCGGCCAGAGAGGCUGGCCGGCGUGCCCGUCGGACUCAUGGACUACGUUGCCGAUUGCGAGGACCACGGCAACCCGACCGUCCUGGCCAUCACCAUCGGGACCAGCUUCCAGAACGUCCGCGCCGGGUCCAACCUCACACUUUCCAUGAGGUGGACUCCUCCGCAUCCGCCAGCCAAGCGCAUCUCCUUCUUUUCCAGGCUCUCCGCCUACAUACCCUUCCUCGCGCGCCACGACGAAUCAAAGCAUCCGCAUGUCCCCGACACGGUGCCUUACUCGGCUGCCAAUCUUCCCCGUUUCUCCUUGUUCGGACAUUUGGACCCCAUCACCGCUUUACAGCUAAAGGCCAAAAACAUAUCCGAGUGCUAUGUCAGGAAGCACCAGGACGCCAGAAUAUGGCUGCCAGGCAACAGGAUACACACCAGCCAGUGGAUGAGGUAUGUGGUGACGGAUGUGUACUGGAUCGGCGGGUUUGGCAAUAGGGCAUACAUCGGCUGGAUCCCCGCCGAGGAGUGGCGGAACGUGACAAGGGAGCAGUGGCAGUCGAUCAAGCUACCUGGAGAGAAGAAAGGCUGGAGCGAAUGGAGCGUCGACAUGGCCGGCGAGCUUUGA